AUGUUUUCUGAAGAAACCCCAAACUCCAACAUCUCAAUCAAACAAGAAUCAGAUGAGCGACCAAACUCACCAAACACACCACAAAAACCUGUAAUUGCACAAUUACAGGCCACAGGAAAGCAGAAAAUUAAGAAUGAAACUAGCUGGACUAACAGCUCUAGAAGUUAUGUGUGCGAUGAAGGGAAAUCAAUCAAUGGAUGCAUCCAUACAUGUGAUAAUUACCAACAGAUGAAGGACUGUGCUGUGGCCCAUGAGCAGAUUGUCGGUGUUCCAGCUGGUGACAAGAUGAAGGACUGUGCUCUGGCCGAUGAGCUAAUUGUUGGUGUCCCCGCUGGUGACCAGGCCUAUCAUGAAAACAUCAAAACUGAGCAUGAGGACUCAUGUGCUGAAAUACAGUGUAAUGUUUGCCACAAUAUGUCUAAUCAGACUCUUCUAUUGCAAUGUGAUUUAUGUGACUCUUCUUCACAUACAUACUGUGUUGGUUUGGGUGACACUGUACCUGAGGAUGACUGGAUUUGUCAAAACUGUACUGAGCAUGCCGAGGAUGAGCAGGAUCUCAAAGCUGUUGGUCUAAGUGGCAUUGAUUCCCAUUCUGGAAGUAAAAAUAGAUGCCAUCAAAAUGUUUCAUCAACUGAAGCCAAUUUAUCUAUUCAUGAUAUUGUCAGAGAAUCAGGUCCUUAUAAUGUUGAGAGAUCCUUACCAAAUCAAAGUCGUUCGCCACUAACUAAUGCUGGUGAUGAUAGAACGGUCCUCAUCAGUUGUCGGAAUAGGGAUAGUCGAACACGUGCAUUGCGUGAAAAUUGGGAUAAAAUCAGACAGGGAUCCUUGAGCUUUUCUUCAUUUCCCAUUAUUAAACCAGGUGAAUUAUCAUGUGGUACUUCAUCUGCAACGAAAUCGUCCACCUCCGACAUCAUACCUGAUCAAGCCACACAAGAUAUUAAAAAGGCAUGGAAGAUGAUGAAAGCUGCGAAGUCUGUUGAAAAGAAGAAGUAUACCAACACCAUUCCUUGUCCCUCUAAUGGUUCAAAGCAUCCAUUGACUAAUACUGAAACUCCAAAACAUUUUCCUAGUGUGAGGUCAAUGCUUCCCUCAACACGUCACAGCGGAGAUAAGGAUAAAGAUUGUAAGAAUCUUAAGAGGCCUUUUCAGGGUUGUGCUACUGAAAAAUGUCAUGAUAAGCCCCAGUUCCCAAAGUUUCAGAAAGAGAACCCUAGCAGUUUUCGGAAUUUUGAGCACCAUCCAACUACUUAUUCUGCAGAAUCUUCAAACUUCUCAACAAAAACCGGCCAAUUUUCAGUCCAUGCAAGAAUUGAUGACGAAAGUAGUGUGAAUUUACAAACAAAUCGUUCACUUGGGUCAUUGGCAAAUGCAAAUAAAAUUCACAGUUCUUCUGAUUGCAGUGUUAGCCUCCGGUCUGUUGCCAAACCACUGGCUGCAGCGAAACAGAAUGUACAUGCAACUGCACCUUUCAAUGUCAAUAAAGUAACAAAUGUGGAAGAACAUCAAGUAGAUGGCCAGGCUAAAGUACUUAGUGAUGCCAAGAGUGAGAUCCAGACUCUGGUGAAGCUGAAUUUGAAGCUUUCAAACGCACAGAAGAAACUAGCUACCAAUGAGUUUAAAGAAGUUGCCAGACAUGCUACGUACUCCAUCUUGGCGGCAUGUGGUAUAGGUAUCCCAAAGCCUUGGGUCCGUCCUUUUUCAAAUCCACAUUGUAGUCAUGCUGACAAAGUUGACGGAGCAAGAAGGUCCACUCUAAUGCCUAGUUCUUGCCGGGAAUGCUUUAUGGCUUUCGUGAAGGAUGUUGUCGAUACCGUUUUGCUUGAAAAAACAAGCUAA